CUCCUUAAGACUUGGGUAAUCGGCUUUCAAGCUACGAGUAUGAUCGGUGGAAGUCAAGUAGGGCAUCCAAAGACGCGUAUCUUGGGCUCUCACGUGCAGGUUCAAGAAGGUCAAUGUUGCGAUCGGCGAGGCAAUGGCGCGGACAAACAUGUUGGCGUCGCUCGGGUGCGCGAAGGAGAGUCUGUUGGAAGUGCGCGGCGUCGGGCAUGUUCGGCCACUCGACAUUCUCGCCUCCGUGCGAGGUCAGACAGAACAGCCUCCGCGUUCGCGUCAUCUCAAGCCCGUAUUCCGAACCCUCGUCCAUGGUGUUUUGUCUGGUGGGCGCGCGGAAAGCGAGAGAGUGCGAGUGGAGAGGACGGACUCGCGCCAUGUGUAUGGGUCUGUGGGUACGAUGGCAGGAGGGCGGUGGCUGGCCAUGAGAGCUACCUCUGUAAAGAUGAUACGUGUCGGUUCAGCUAUAGACAGGGCUCCUCGUCAAGUCGGACGUCGGCGUCGGCUGGGCGUGCUGCCUUGGCGAUGAGGGAGUGGAAGUGGAAGUCACUACCUAGUGACUAG